AUGAAACUAAAAAAUAUGAUUAUAGCACAGCCAUGUUCAAAAAACGUAGAUCAACUUCUUGACAUAAUUAAAAAAAGUAUAAAAUAUUUAAAAAUAAAUAUAUCAAAACAAACACAUGAGCUUGAUGAGAACAAUUUAAACAUUGAGAUGAUAUACUUAAACAUCAAUUUAUGUACAUUUAUGCAAUAUUUCAACAACAAUUCAACAUCUAAACUUGAAAAUUCACGACGCACAAUUCUCAAAAGUGUUAUACUUGCACUUUUACGACAAAUGGAUGUGUUGCAACAAAUAAUAUUCCUCAAACAACAAGGAAGAGAAAAAAAGACUUCAGAAACUUUUAGUUGUACAUGUUGUAUGAAGUUAAGCACUGACUUUGAGAUGACUUUAAGCGAUGCCAAACCAGAGGCAAAAGUGCAAAUUACAUCAAUAAGCAAUCAUUAG